UUCUCACUACAUGUAGUGCACUGGUUGGUUGGCGAGACUGCUUUCCCAACUCGGCGACCAUGACAUUCGAGCACCCGAGUGACCCUCAGUCGCUCUGAUGUUUCUACCGUUGCGUUGCGUUGUUUGUACAUGUAGAUCUAGCUAUAGUUGAAGAAUCAAUCAGGAUGAGUGUCAGUAAUGGUACUAGUAGAGUUCAUGAUGAAGAUGAAGAUGAAGAUGACGUGGAAGACGUGAGUGAUUCGGAAGAUUCCGAAUGUGACCAUGAUCUACUAGUAGCUGAAAUUCAAGCUGCAAGCAAUAAGCGGCGUCGCGUAAAUGUAAGCAUUCGUUCGGACGUGAUUGUGGUUGUGGGAAACCAAGAGUUUGCUGAAGAAAGUCGCAGUCUUUCGUCUUGGAGUGACUAUUUCAAUGCUGCCUUGCAAGGAGGAUACAAGGAGUCGAGUACGCGACGUCUCGAGUUGCCUUCCCACUUGAGUGAUCCCGAAGAAUGGACGUUGGUCAAAGCACUUACGCUACCCUUUGCAACGGCAAAACUCACAAAAGCCAACGUCUGGAAGAUUCUCCCCUGGUUCGAUUUCUUGGGAGUGCCACGAGGAAUUGAUGCCGUAGACAGACUCGCUCUAGAACUCGUGCCCGAGUGGGGAUUUGCCGAUAUGGUAGACUUUCUCGCUCUCUGCUUGCAGCACUCUCUACCAAAGGCCACCAAGGAGUCCCUCAAAAAGAUUUGAAAAUCAAUCGAAGGACGUCCGGGAAUCAACAAGGAAGAUGUUCUGCAAAAACUUUGUACACUUUUAGAAACAAAUGAAGUUUGUAGGCAUGCACUGUUCAAGAGUCUACAGCCCUUUCUACCUUCCACCAUUCAAACCAAAAAAGACUUUGAUGACAAUAUUGGAAACAGCUUACUUCCAUCGGUCAUGUACGCAAACAUGCAGUUGAAAGAAAGAGACGCAGAGUUCAAAAAUAUUGGACAAAUGGUCAUUUACGCCGCCAAUGAAGACUGCGAUGUAUACGAACUCAAGGAAGAACUAGAAUUGGGAACCAGGUUCCUGGUUCAUCAUCUGGAUCCAUAAUACCCUACCGGUAGUGGAUAAGAAUACAUACAACGAUAUACAUACUAGUAUAGGUUUUAUCACUAGUUUGGCAAAGACAAACCCAUUGGGUCCACGAGUGCAUGCCUUCUCUCUGCGGCGCUCCAAGUUUCGACAAGCAACUCCACCGCCAAGACAGAUCAACGCUUCCGGGGACUCUAUUUGAUGCAUUCUAUGAUUUUAAAAAACUGCUUUAUUACU